GAGUUUUUGACGUUUCCCACUGCGAGCAGCAAAAAUUGCAAACAAAAAUUCCAUUUGAAAGGAUUUGUUUUUAAUAUUGUGCUUUUUUAACACGAAUUUCCCCAAUUUUUGAUAAAAAUUAGUAAUCUGGAAGCUGGGGCAAUGUCUGAAGUGGCGAAUGAUGAUCCGGAAACGGAAACGGAGAGUUGUGCCGAGGAGGAUGUGGAGCCAAAACUAAAGUACGUCCGGAUGUCUAAUGAUCUACAGAAUAUUCUCAAUAAGGACACAAUCAGCUGCAUUGCUGUUCAUCCCAAGUUCCUCUGCGUGGGUACGCAUUGGGGCGAAGUCCACCUUCUGGAUCAUCAGGGCAAUACAGUGAGUCAGCGGGUAAAUGUCCCUCAUCACAUGGUUGCCGUCAAUCAGAUCUCCGUGGAUGGCAAGGGUGAACACAUUGGCACUUGCUCGGAUGACGGCAUGGUUAUCAUCAGUGGCCUCUGUACGGAUGAGAAUAAUCAAAAGUUAAACAUUGGGAGGGCCGUACGGAGUCUCUGUCUCGAUCCGCUCUACUACAAAUCCGGCUCCGGAAGGAAAUUCAUCGUGGGCGACAACAAGCUCAGUUUGUACGAAAAGACCUUCCUCAAGAGCCUCAAGUCAACGGUGCUGAGUGAAUCCGAGGGCAAUGUCUCCUCCAUGGCGUGGAAUAAUCAAUUUGUAGCGUGGGCUAGUGCAUUGGGGGUGCGGGUGUAUGAUCUCAGUGAGAGAUGGUCCCUCGGGCUGAUACGGUGGGAACAACCCAAAUCCCUCGCUCUCAGUGAUUUCCGCUGCAAUUUGCGAUGGUCCAACUCCACGACUUUGCUCAUUGGCUGGGUGGACACCAUAAGGAUUUGCGUUAUUCGCAAGAGAAAUAGCGUUGAAGUGUCUACGAGGGAUUUACCUGGAUUCAUCGUUGAUCCAGUCUCAACAUUCCAGACGGAUUUCUUUGUUUGUGGCCUCGCACCCUUGGAGGCUAAUCAGCUGGUAGUCCUGGGAGUACCCAAGGAGCGAGAUUUGGAAAAUAGCAAAUCACUGAGGCCCAUUCUUACUGUUCUCCUCUACAAGUCCUGCGAUUACGUGGAGAUUUGCACGGAUAGUCUCUCUCUGAGGGGUUAUCAAGAAUUCCAUUGCAAUGACUACUCCCUGGACUGCCUUAUUGAGGAGAAUCAAUACUUUAUAGUUUCACCAAAGGAUAUCGUUGUGGCAAGUCCCUACGAGCAUGAUGAUCGGAUUCAGUGGCUUAUUGAGCAUGGACGCUUCGAGCAGGCAAUGGAAGUUAUAUCAGUUCACGGUGGUCGGUAUUCCCUGGUGAGUGUGGCACGUCUCUACUUGGAUCAUUUACUAACACAUGGGCUCUACGAGGAUGCCGCUAAGCUCUGUCUUCGUGCUUUUGGCAAUGAUAAACUUCUCUGGGAGGAGGAAGUGUACAAAUUUGUCAAGGUGCAGCAGCUCAGAGCUGUCAGCAUGUACUUACCACGAAGUAUGGAUUGCAAACUCAAUCCACAUGUGUACGAAAUGGUUCUCUAUGAGUAUCUAAAGCUGGAGCCACCGGGUUUCUUAGCAUUGAUCAAGGAGUGGCAUCCAACACUCUACAAUACAUCCGCUGUGAUAAAUGCCGUACAGGAUCACUACAAUGAGAAGGAUAAGGCGAUCCUUCUGGAAUCCCUGGCGAUACUCUAUUCGCACGAGAAGAAGUACGAGAAGGCUCUGGCGAUGUAUUUGAAGCUUCAGCAUAAAGAUGUGUUUGCAUUGAUAAAGAAACACGAUCUCUAUGCUGUUAUUCAUCGAAUGAUUGUGCCCCUGAUGCAAUUGGAUACGGAAAAGGCGAUUGCAAUGUUGCUGGAGAAGAAUAAGAUUGCAUCGGAUGUUGUUGUGGCGCAACUGGAGGCACGUGAGGAUUACCUGUAUGUGUAUCUCGAUGCCCUGGAUAGGGUGGAUCCAAGUGGGAGGUUUCACUGGAAAAUGGUUGGGCUGUAUGCAAAGUAUGCGCGUGAGAAGUUGCUGCCAUUCCUCAAGAGAUCCAAUAAGUACCCAAUUCAGGAAGCCUAUGACAUCUGCAAGGAGCGCCUGUACUAUCCGGAAAUGGUUUAUCUUCUGGGCCGAAUGGGCAAUACUCGGGAAGCUUUAUCGAUACUUUUGCACAAAUUGGAAAAUGUUCAACUUGGCAUUGAAUUCUGCAAGGAUAACGAUGACAUGGACCUCUGGCAUGAUCUUAUAAAUGAAUCCCUCGAUAAGCCACAUGUUAUGACCAAAUUACUCGAUGGCAUUGCUGGGUACAUCAAUCCCGAUCUCUUGGUUAGCAAAAUUAAAUUAGGUCAGAAGAUUCCGGGGCUUAAGAAGUCCCUCAUUAAGACUCUCACAGACUACAGCCUUCAGGUAACAAUCCAAGAUGGAUGCAAUCAAAUCCUCGUUACGGACUAUUUCAAUCUGCACGAGAAGCUGUACAAGACACAACAGAAAGCCAUUCACAUCUCCAAUGAUUUCCAAUGUGGCCUCUGUCGACGGAGUGUCCUCACCAAGGAAUCAACCUUGUACGGCAAUACCCAAUCAAAUGGCAAGCACGACAUUCUGGCAUUCAAUUGUCGGCAUGUUUUCCACGAAAAUUGCCUUCCAGACAAAUCCGUGGACUUUUGUACCAUUUGCAAGUCAAAGAAGUAAGAGAGGAAAUGCCAUUUUUUUAACCCUCGUGAUUGCAAAUCCUUUGCUGCUCCAGAAUUCGUUUGUUCAUCGAUAUUUUUUUUUAAAUGUAAGUAUAUAUAAAAUGUAUUAUUUCUGUUGCUAUUUUAAAAAAAAACAUUAAAAAAAAUAUUAAUAAAGUUUUUUAUGCAAUAAAAACUCACCAAAAAAGGCAUAAAAUACGCCUACAAAAAAGACAGAAUUUAUCUAUUUUUUUUAAGGUAAAUUAUUUAUUGAUGGAAAUUUUUUUUCUUAAGAAAAAAGUUUUGAACAAAAAAAUCACAAAUUCAGCGCGAUUUUUUUUCUAAAUAAAUUCCGAUUUCAAAAAAAAAAAUAAA